AUGGCCACGGCAGCCUGCAGCUCCGUUAGUGCACUUACCGCCAGUGAGCAUGGUGAGCCUGGUCUAAAAAGCUGUGUAUUUUGUGGUGUCAAGCAGCCAGAAGAUGGCCGUUUCUUGCACUGUCUGCAUGUGAGCUGUGUGGGUUGUCUGAACGACAAUCUAACGUCCGAAGGCUGUAUCGAAUGUGGUACGUGCAACGAGGAGACUAAGCCUAGAUUGCCCGGUGUGGCCAUCAGCAAACUGCUCGUGUCCAGUCGAUUUGGGACAAGCGAAGCCAGCGAUGAGGUUACCGGAGAGCAAGAAACACCCCUGUGUGAUUUCUGUGAGACAAACUCAGCGAAAGCCGCUACACACGAAUGUGAAGAAUGCGAUGGGAUUUUGUUGUGCACGACGCACGCCCAGGACCACAGCAAGAAAAGAGUGUUUCGUACGCACCACGUGACUGAGCUUGAUGCAGUGAGUUCAGGUAACUCAGACACUGGACGCAAACAACUGCAAUACUCUUGCCCAUUGCAUGGCAAACACGAAGUGACCGACUUUUGUCGAACAUGCCAAGUCGUGGCUUGCGAGCAAUGCCUGCUUAGAGGCCACAGACAGCAUGACGUUGUCUCUUUGUCUGAAACGGCUGCGGAGCAGAGGGUUGUCCUGAGGAAUGAAUUGCCACGUAGUGAUGGGCAAACUGCUCACACCAGUCCAGACCGUCCUGUGUUGGAGUUGAUGGCGAUGAAAGAGGAGCUGGAGUAUGACAUCACACACAGCAAUGGCGAAGCCACGGCGGCAUCAAAAGUGAUCACGGAGGCAUUCUCGGGAUUCAGGUCUCUGCUGGACCAACGAGAGGGAGAGCUAUUGAAAAUGGUGGAUACAGCCAGGUGGAAGACGCAGAGAGCUGCCGAACACCAACUUCAUCGCCUGGACAUCAUUGAACUGAAGAACACCACAGCCAUUGAGAUAGGAAAGUUUCUCACUAGUGAAAUGGGUGCUGGUUGUGAUGCUGAAGUCAUGAUGCUCGCACCACUGGUGCUGAGCAAGAUGAAGUCGCUCAAGUCAGAUGUUGAGGCGGAGAAGAAAUCGCACAGCCCAUCAGGCAGCAUCCAAGCAGCCAUGAACAAGUCUGAGUUUGACAAGCUCGAGCGGUGUGUUGAACGAAUCGUGUCGGUUUCGUCUGGCCUAUCCAUUGAGUUAGAGAACUGCACUGUUGAAUUCCCCGACCCAUUACAAACUGACCAGGAGUGUUCGGCAUGCCUCCACCUUGGCCAACAGGCGCAUGCCUCUGCAGCUGGCCCUGACGUAGAGGACUGUAUCAAGAAGCUUGAGGUUAGUGUGACCUCGGCAUCAGCUGAAAAGCGCACAUUACCAGCUGAAGAGCUUUCCACUGACGCGGAACAAGGAAUGGUCAGAAUUCCUAUCCUUGUGAGCAACCCUGGUCAGCACCUACUUCAUGUCAGGUCCGGCAUUCGAGCCAGGGACUUCGAGUUUUCCGUUACAAACAAACCUCGCUUUGAGUUUGACAAGCGGCGCUGCUCCCAUAACAUCGCGAUCUCUGAGUGUGGUUGCACUGUGCACUUCUCGGGCCAUCCGGGUGGAUAUCACAAUGUUCUUGGCACAGUGCCGUAUACCAGUGGCACCCAUCAUUGGUCAGUCCGGGUACAAGGGUAUAAUCUGGGCAGUGGAUGUAUGGGUAUUGGUGUCACAACUGUUCCCGACGGUGACUUUCUACGCCAAAGGCAAAGGUUGUUGAACACUGGAUACGGGUGGUGGUCACAUUCCAGUACUUAUGGUCUUUGUAAGGACAAGGCCUUGGCAGCACAGUGUAGCGAGUGGCAAGAUGGUGACAUACUCGACUUCACGUUGGACUGCGAUGCACAUACCCUGGAGCUGCACAACCGACGUGUCAAUGAGCGCAAGAAGAUACAGGAUGUUGUCGGCAAUGGCACGCCUCUGUUCAUGCUAGUAUGCCUAACUGGUCAUGAUAGGACGGUCACACUACUCGGAAGAUAG